AUGGCGGAGUCCCAUCCCAAUACGUCCGAGCCACAGAAUUACUUCGACCAACAACCUAACAGCCAGUCUGCACCACAGAGACCACUUCCUCGUGGCAUCAAUACCGGAAGCAGCAUUGGAAGAACCAGCACUUCUGGCUUUGAUGCACCACACGAUCCUCGACUAGCAGCCAAGCGUAACGAUACGACACGGUCCAAUAUGGAACGGACUCAGACCAACCAGACGGCAGGGACGAGCGAUACCCAAAGACUUGAGAAGAAGCAGCAACAGUUGGUCGACGUGGAAAAUGAAUACUUCAAACUCAACCCCUGGUAUAACCAGCAAAAGGAAAAGCCCGUGUUUGGUCUUGGCCAGCCCCUGCCGCAUACUAUGCGUCGUGGUAUGUGGUGGGGCAAAAGUGACCUGAAGAAGAGGCUGGACGACCUCAAAGCAGAAAAAGACGACUUGCAAGCAGGAAUAGACGCACGUGACGGACUGGAUAUAGCGAAGGAGAAGGAAUCCGAGAACGAAUCGGAAAGUUCUCAGACUCCCCUGAGGCGAGGCCAGUCUUCACAGCCCCAGAGCUUGGAGCAGUGCCAGUCCUACAGCCAUGGUCGCAUGCCAAAUGUGCGACAACCAACAUCCAAUUCGUACUCCAUGGCUGGAAAUCAGCGCAACGAUGAUGCAGCAUCACAACGUGCACCGAUCAACGAACAUGGCCUGACUGAAACUGAUCAAGGGAAUAAUGGACGGAACAACUUUGGCCUCCAGGACGGCCUCCAUCCACUUCAGGAACUCGACACUGGCGCUACAACGCAAACACAAAAAGAAGAGAAGGAGAUCAAGAAGCGGGAACAUGAAGAGCAACAGGCGUACUACAAUCAAUACCGCAACCCAAUUGCAAGAUUACGGGCACAGUACCCUCAGGCACCAGCUGAGUUCCUUGCUACAUUCGUAUACCUUUUCCUCGGGAUAGCAGCCAAUUUGUCUAUCGCGACUUCGGCAGAAUCAACAGGCAACUUUGAAACACAGGCCUGGGCGUGGGGCUUCGCCGUGACGGUAGGUAUCUACUUGAGUGGUGGUGUAUCUGGUGGUCACCUUAGUCCUUGCAUUACCAUUGCGCUCUCUAUAUUCCGUGGUUUUCCAUGGCGAAUGGCGAUUGUGUACAUUUGCAUGCAGAUGCUUGCUGGCCUGGCCGCAGGAGGCCUGGCAUAUGGCCUGUACUAUGAUGCAAUCAACUCCAUGGACCCAGGACAUACGCUCGACAUAACAGGCAAAGCUCUCUUUCCCAAGGGACCUGCCUUCACAGCAACGACAGCCUUCUUCAAUGACUUUGUCUUCAUGGCCGUCUACACCUGCAUUGCCUUUGCCCUUGGAGAUGACCAGAACUCACCUCCCGGGCAAGGUAUGACUGCUUUGGUCUUUGGCUUCAUGGGAUACCUCAUGAUGGUCUCACUCGGCUACAACACCGGACUUGGAAUCUCGCCUGCACGCGACCUGGGUCCCAGGCUCGUUGGCCUCUGGGCCGGCUACGAUUCCUUCAGUGAUGCGUACUGGGCGUAUGGUCCAUUCGGUGCAGCUAUUAGUGGUGCGAUAUUCGGAGGAUUCAUUUACGACUUGUUCAUCUUUGUGGGUGGAGAGUCACCGGUCAACUACAGGUGGCCCAAAAAGGGUGACAUUAAAUGGAAGCUCCACGAAAGGAAGGAGGAGGCAAAAGACAAAAUUCACAGCGUAGCUUAG